GUAAAAGAUUUUAUAGUGUUCAAUCGAAGGAUUUUAUAAUGUUUGGUUACAUUUUACGAAAUUAUUAGAAUGAAUCUAACAUUAGCCAAAAUGCUGAUAAUUACUCGGUCGGAGUUUGAUCCCUAGUAAGCAGGAAGAUCCGACAAAAGUGGAUAUAAAUGAAGAACAGGAACCCGUCAACGAUUAAUCGAUCAAAACCCAGAAAUUGAUUCCCUUUUUCCUGUUCGUUUUUACAAUAUCUUGAUCUCAGAAUCCACCACCGGACAUUUCCGCUCGUGUUUCCCUCGUAAUUUGAGAAGAUAAAACUUGUGGGUCAAGUAACAUGAGCGAUAAGCUUUCGGAGAAGCUCGACGACGAACAAAUCUCCGAGCUCCGGGAGAUUUUCCGAUCAUUCGAUCGGAACAAUGACGGAAGCCUAACCCAGCUCGAGCUCGGAUCUCUUCUCCGAGCCCUAGGACUCAAACCGAGCCCCGAACAGCUCGAGAAGCUGAUCCAGAAAGCCGACACGAACAACAACGGUCUUGUCGAGUUCUCCGAGUUCGUGGCCCUCGUCUCGCCUAAGAUCUUGUCGGCGACGAUGCCGUACACGGAAGAUCAGCUUCUCCGGCUGUUCAAGAUAUUCGACACCGACGGAAAUGGGUUCAUCACGGCGGCCGAGUUGGCUCACUCGAUGGCCAAGCUGGGACAUGCUCUCACGGUGGAGGAGCUCACCGGUAUGAUCAAGGAGGCCGACACCGACGGUGACGGUCGGAUUAAUUUCCAGGAGUUCGCCAUGGCCAUCAACUCCGCCGCCUUCGAUGAUUCUUCUUUUGAUUGAAUUGCUUCUUCAUCCAUCUCCCCUCACACUUUUUUUUUUUGUUUCUUUACGAUUACAGUUUGAAAGAA